GCUCUUCCCCAGUUACACGCGCUCGGCUACCAAACAUCUGUCAAAUCUCUUCCGCUAGCAAAACGAAAACAUGGCGUGUUCCGUCUUUCGUGGUCCGCGAUUUAUUUCUUCGAUUCUACGAAGUUCCAGGACGAUUUCCGGCGCAGAAAUUACACCAAAGAUUCCCGCGAUCAUCACUACCACAACCCUUCAACAACCGCUUCGUCACUCUAGCUUCCGUUCAUCGCCUCUAGUACGUGAUCUUCAAGAAUAUCCAGAAGUUGAAAUUGUCCGAAAUCCGCCCGAAUGGAAAUACGUCGAAAGACUUCUCCGGCCGCAAACAGUGCCAAUUCCUCCAAAAAAAGUUGAAACCCUUCCAUCCGGCUGGAAGCCACAGAGAACUUAUGACCCGAAAUCAGAUAAAUAUUUUGUUCGGCGCACUAAAAACCACAUGGUCCCUGUCUAUUUGAUGAAAACCUAUCGUGGCAUGCGUCAAGUUACCCUGAUACGUUAUGUGCUAGGAGAUAUUUGGGCUCUUGAAAAGGACUUAAGGAAGGUGGUGGAAGCGUCGCAAGAUGGAAAGGUUUGCGCGAGUAGAGUGAAUGAAAUGUCGGGACAGAUUACGUUUCAUGGAGAUUAUGUAGAUGUGGUGAAGAAAUAUUUAGAAGAGCAAGGAUUCUAGGCGAUUUGGUUUGUUUUUAGGAUGGAAAUGUUGUACAUAUGUCCUAUUUGUGGCAGAACGAUUGUUACGAGAUUAGAAUAAAAGAAAAGAUAAAUCAGAAUAGAAAAUAAUU